CGGGGAGAGAGACGGGGACUACUUUGCAUUUACAACCCCUUGGAGACGAUCGGUGUCUUUUAUCCUCGCCGGCUUUGGGGGCCAGGGAGGCGCCCGGGGCUCAUUGCCCGAGACGGGGAUCCCUUUCUCUCUCUCUCUCUCUCUCUUUUUUUAAUAUGAUGGAGGAUUAUAAACAUGGCGCCUUAAAGGAAAAAAAAAACUACAAAAUCAUGCACACUAUUGAAACACAAGAGAAGGCGGCUGGGGCGGGGGGGGGGGAAGGUUGAGCGUGCAAAUUCUUGCUUGGAUUGGGAGGAGGAGGGGAAAAAAGGGGGAAAGGAGGCAAAGGAUCAUGCAUGAUUGUGGACGGUGCCAAGUGGAUUGGAGGCGCCCCCCCCCUCUCCACCCUCCCUCCGUCUCCCGAAUAUGGAGAAUGGUUUCUUGGACAUCGUGGAAAUGUAGAAUGCGAUUUAUAAUGCGGAUUUGCGAUGCUUUUGUAUUAAUGAUCCCCUUUCUUUGGAUGCUUUUUUUUUAAAAGUGGGUGGUUUUUUCACUCUUUUUUUUUUUAAAUAAAGUUAUAUCUACCUGAAGGUUAAGGUGUGUAGAAAAUAGAGACUGGAGAGGGAAAGGGUGUGUGAGUGUGUGUGUGUGUGUGUGGUGGAGGAGAGUGAACUACUUUCCCGCUACGGCCUGCAUGCCACGUAAAGCCGCGGGCUCGCGUGACUGGAGAAGCCGCGCGGAGCGCAACCCUCGCCGGCCGCGCCCCUUUACCCCCGGUUGGGCCUCCUGGGCUGAGGGCGACGGCUCGCCUCCCUCCCCUCUCGCGGAGGAUACGUCUCCGAGGCGGCUCUGGAAGCAGCUAAACAAGCAGAAGGGGUCAUGGCGCGCUUAACGAAACGACGGCAGGCGGAUACUAAAGCUAUCCAACAUCUUUGGGCAGCUAUAGAAAUCAUUCGGAAUCAGAAGCAAAUUGCUAACAUUGACCGCAUAACAAAGUACAUGUCUCGGGUUCAUGGUAUGCAUCCCAAAGAGACCACACGUCAGCUUAGUUUAGCAGUGAAAGAUGGCCUUGUUGUGGAAACCUUGACAGUGGGAUGUAAGGGAUCAAAAGCUGGUAUUGAGCAAGAAGGAUAUUGGCUGCCUGGAGAUGAAAUUGCCUACAGUAUGCAGCCUUUCUCCCGGACAACAGCAAAAAUUAAGGACUGGGAGACAGAAACUCAUGACUGGUAUUGUUUUGAAUGCCAUUUGCCUGGAGAGGUGUUGAUAUGUGACCUGUGUUUUCGGGUGUAUCAUUCCAAGUGUUUAUCUGAUGAGUUCAGGCUUAGAGACAGCAGUAGUCACUGGCAAUGCCCAGUUUGCAGGAGCAUUAAGAAGAAGAACACGAGCAAGCAAGAGAUGAGCACGUAUUUGCGCUUCAUUGUCUCCCGUAUGAAGGAACGAGCUAUCGAUCUUAACAAGAAAGGCAAAGACAACAAACAUCCCAUGUAUCGCAGGCUGGUGCACACGGCUGUUGACGUUCCAACUAUUCAAGAGAAAGUAAAUGAAGGAAAGUACAGGAGUUAUGAAGAGUUCAAAGCAGAUGCCCAGCUUCUUCUACACAAUACCGUUAUUUUUUAUGGAGCGGACAGCGAGCAAGCUGAUAUAGCCAGGAUGCUUUACAAAGAUACCUGCCACGAGCUGGAUGAACUUCAGCUUUGCAAGAACUGUUUUUAUUUAUCAAAUGCGCGUCCUGACAAUUGGUUCUGCUACCCCUGUAUACCCAAUCACGAGCUAGUUUGGGCUAAAAUGAAAGGGUUUGGAUUCUGGCCUGCCAAAGUCAUGCAAAAAGAGGACAAUCAGGUUGACGUUCGUUUUUUCGGCCACCACCACCAAAGGGCCUGGAUCCCUUCAGAAAACAUUCAGGACAUCACGGUGAACAUACAUCGGCUGCACGUGAAACGCAGCAUGGGCUGGAAGAAAGCAUGUGACGAGCUAGAACUGCAUCAGCGCUUCCUUCGGGAUGGCAAAUUCUGGAAAUCAAAGAAUGAGGACAAAGGAGAGGAAGAAGCAGAGUCUAGCAUUUCUUCCACCAGCAACGAACAGCUGAAGGUUACUCAGGAACCAAGAGCAAAGAAAGGAAGACGUAAUCAAAGCGUGGAACCCAAAAAGGAAGUAAGAAACAGCAUGACUUUUGGUAUACCUGUGCCUGUACAUGAGGUAGAGUAAAAUUGCGAGAGGCGGCAUCCUUCUAAGCCUUCACAAAUGCAUCUUUUGUUCCAUUUUAAUUAAGAGUGGUGGGUUUCUUUUAAGAGGGCGCUUGACUCUGCUUCUGUUCAGAGCUGAGCAAAUUUACAUUAUUGCUUUGCCAGGCCUAUGCGUGCAUCUGUAUAUAUCUAGAACAUGUUGACAUUCCAUCAGGGAUUGAUGGCAAAAAUGGAAUCGUAAACUUUAUUGAUUUAUUUACAACAUUUAAAUUGUUAGAUGACCAGAAAACACAAUGUGGCAUGUUUCUGUGGCCUGGCGGAGAUGUAAUGUUGUCAUUCUUUUAACAGUGGUUAAGAUAGGGGGAGCAGGCCAAGGGCGCAAAUCCCCCCACCUUUCAUCUCUGAUAUGAAUUCUGCCUCCUUCCUUUGUCUUAAUUAGGGUUUAACAUAGUAAUUAUAACCUCUCGCCAGAGAUCCCAUCUUGAACCACAGCUUGAAACUAACAUGUGCAUCAGAUUCGCACAGUGCAGGAAGGAGAGGAAGGAAAUGCGUGGAUCUGCUGCCCCAUUUUCUAACCACAGUUAAGAAAUGGCCAAUGUUGUGGCUAGGUUGUGUUGUACAUAUAUUACAUGAAAACAUGUGUUUCGAUUAAGUUUAGUGUAUUUGUGCAGUUUUGUGGAUUAUCUUCUUAGCUCUUAAACAUUUCCCGUGCAACCAAAAUCAGAGAGAUGUCGUUUUCUUUUCCACAAGGUUCCAGUACUUACCAUAUACUACCAUAGAAAUAGUUUUGGGGAGGGUAUCUGUGUUUGUGUACAGUAGAAGAGUUAGAUUUGCAUCCAAUAAUCCCAACAGGAUUUUCAGAGCAGAAACUUUCUAAGAUCAAAGCUCCCUUGACCAGAUGCCAUGGCGAGUUAAUUGAUUUUUAUAUUAGAUGUAUAUGUGUGUGUCAUCAAGUCACAGAUAAUGUAUGGAGACCCUGCAGGGUUUUUAAGGCAAGAAAUGUUUGGAGGUAGUUUGCCAAUGGAGGUAGUUUGUCAUGUGGGUUGGGAGAGUUUUAAGCGAACAGUGACUGGUCCAAGAUCACCCAGCGGGUGACCUUGUGGAGGAGUGGAGAAUUGAACCCAGUUCUCCAGAUUGGAGUCCACUGCC